CCAACUUCCCAAAACCACUGCUCUGCACCUCCUUGUCCAGCAUUUGCCCUUUCUUGCUUGUGAUACCCCUUCUGUCUGCUUCCACUCUCUUCCCCAGCCCACCCGACGCAGUCAGCAGUCCACCACUUCUCCAUCACCCUACUGUAAUUGAGAAGCCAUGUCGGACGCCCAGCAGCAGGCACAGACUGCUCCCGUCACCGAGACCGUCGUGACCGAUCCCGCGACCGCCACGAGCAUCACCAAAGACGCUCCUGUCGCUGACGCCGUCGUCGACGCCGAGGCCGCAAAGACCGACGCCGAGCCUGCCGCCACUACUACCACCGAUGCUGCUACAGCCGAGUCAACAGAGGUGGCAGAAAAGGCGGUAGAGCCAAUUACCGAAGGGCAGCUUGCAUACAAGGGCCCAGGUCUUCUCAAGUCCAUCAUUCCAUCCAAGAAGGAGUUCUGGCUGAGCGACGAGGCUGUUGCUCCUCAAAACCUCGACCUCUACCUUCGUGGCGAGAAGCCAGAAAUCUCACACCCCGUUGUUGCUUGGGCAAGCCACACCGGCAAGGGUCUGUUGUUCUUCAACAAGAAGGGCGAGACCAACCGCACACACCCAUCUGACGUCCUCGCGCUCUACGAUGCCAGCGACCUCAAGAAGUCGGCUCAGCACGAGUUCUCCUUCAAGCUCAACGGCGACAACCACACAUUCAAGGCUUCCAACGAUGCCGAGCGUGACGGCUGGUACCUCUCCAUCGAGCGCGCGAUUGAGCACGCCAAGGCCUCCAAGGAGGAGAUCCGUGCCAGUGAAGGCUACAAGGCCGAGAUCGAGAAGCUGAACAAGCCAAACGUCGUUGGCGCUGCCACCACUCGCAGCCUCUCCAAGCCAAAGAAGAGCACCGAUGUCCCACCCACUGAGCGCAUUGGCUCAUCCGACGGCGAGGCUGACGAGGACAAGAAGAAGAGCCAGAAGAGCCGCUCGACAUCUCGCGGCAUCUUGAACCGCUUCAAGACCAACAAGGAAGAGUCUGCGGAGAAAAAGGUGGAGAGUGAGGACAAGAAGGAGGAGGUCAAGGCCUCCGAAGAGACUCCAGUCGCUGCCUCCACCGAGGCUGCACCAAUCGUGGCCAGCACCACUGCUGCCGAAAUUCCUGCUGCCGCCGAGGUUGCAGCUGAGGAGAAGGCUGUCGAGACUCCAGUUGAGGAGAAGGCGAAGGGCGGCAAGCGUGGUAGCAUCUUUGGCCGCGUCUCGUCUGGCUGGAGCGGACUCCGCAGCCCAGCCAAGGAGAAGGACCUCAAGGACGCUGAGCUCAAGAACGAGACCACCACUGCUGCUCCAGUGUCUGAGAACCCACCAGUGCUCCCAGAGACCGCUGCCACCACCGACUCCACCGCCGUUACGGCCAUUCCAGCAGUCGAGGAGCCUGUCGCAGAAACCAAGGCUGAGGAGAAGAAGGAUGAGGUUGCUACACCCAACAAGGAGAAGAACAACUUCUUGUCUGGCAUCGGCGGCUUCAUCAAGCGGAACCGCAGCGUCAGCCCCAACACCCACAAAAAGGAGGCUGCCAAGGCCGAUGAGACCGUGGCUGCUCCAGCUGAGACCGCCGUUACAGAGCCAGUUGUCAAGGCUGAGGAGCCAGCAACUGAGAGCGCUGCCACCGCUGCAGAGCAAUCCACCGAGGCCCCGGCCGAGAAGAUUGAGGAGCCAAAGACUGAGGCCACCACUCCUAACAAGCGCCAGUCGGUGCUCGGCAGCCUCGGCCGUCGUGCCAGCAAGGCUCUGAACCGCAUUCAAGCUCCAAAGAAGGAGAAUGCCGCCCCAGCUGCUACUGAUGCCAAGGCUGAGGAGACCGCUGCCGUUAAGCCAGCUGAAGAGACCCCAGCCAUCAACGGCGAGACCAAGAAGGAUGAGCCAGAGGCUCCAAAGACCAUCGGCGACGUCGUUCCUGAUGCCGUCAACGUUGGUCAGCCACAGCAGCAGCACAACACUCCUGCCGUCACUGCCAGCGCUUAAACAUCUGAUGCUUCAAGUGACUGGCUUCCGGUCCGACGCAGCGACAUUCGAGAAUGCCGACCAGUUCACGCAAUGAACAUGGCCUCAUACGCGAUGUCACCCCUACAAUGAUACCCCUUGCUCACGCUUUCCGCUGCGUCGCACCUAAUCCCCAACUCCCGACACUCGCUCAUGGUCUGCGGCAGCCAACUUUGUCAGUUUGCAUUUCUGCAUUGGGAACAAGGAUCUGCUUUCGGUGGCGUCUGCUUUUGGAUGGAUACCACAUUAGUUUGUUUGCAUUGAUGUUUAGUGAUGCGAAUACCCCUGAAACGAUGAUACCCGUUUAGAAGCGGUUAAGGUAGAAUAGUCUGGUAAUACAAAUGGUUUCACAUGUUCCGCG